AAAAAGACAGUUGAGUUAUGAAAGAGUGAAGGCAUUGCAAAACAGGCUACUUGCCUCCAAUUAGAAAAAUAGAUAAAUUUACAGUGCAGAUGUUAACCAAGAAGAGCGUCUACUGUUUCACUGUCUGAAGUGAUUAUACUUUAUUACCUCUGGCAUAUGCGUCGUUAGAUGAGCGAUCUAAAAGUGACCAGUUCCUUCCCCCACAUCAAAGUCAAUGGCGCUAAUGCAGGCGGAUGCUACGUGAUAAUGGUGCCACUAAAAAGGCGGAAUGAAAAAGAUCUGUGCAUGGAGUUUAGUGAUUUGUCUAUGUGUUGUAGAAUAGUCAUUAUCUGGAGCAAAAAAAUACAGGCAAGCCAAUCAGCAUUUGUAUUAACGUUAUAUUUGUUGAGUUAGGUUUAACGUUACCAAGACCUGCAUUCCCACAGGACAAACAUUGGUUGCUGUAUUUUCUUUGAUCUAUCAGCAUUUUAAGACCACAGAAUACAACUUAAAUAUGUUUUUCUGUUAUUUCCUGAUCUGUGAUGAAAUGUAACGUAAUCUUCAUUGGGAAAAUAGGGAAGGAUGUCUGAAUGGAAAAUGACGAUGCAUCAACCCCAUGAAAGAGCGAGUGAUAGACAGAAAUUCGUAUAGCUGCCGUUAUAUCAUACCAGCAGUUCUCCGGUCGUCGGUAUGACAUACAUGUAUGUCUGAAAGUAAAACGUCGGAGGCACACAGUAAGCUGUUUGUCUGCGUAGCGAGUCCUAACGUUACUCCUACUCCUCGGUAAGUGUGGACUACUGCAGUUCUUGUGUGGAUUGCUAUGUGGCACUUUUGAUCCAUGAGCAUGACGCUGCUACGAUAGACUGUUGUUUGUAGGUUGUCACUUUUCAAAGAAGCACUAACGAUCCAGCACACGCUAAAACAUUUUACUCAGUUGCCCUCACCCUGUACCGCCAAGGGUCCUAUCCUUAGUGCUGAACCAUCCUCAUGCAAGCACACCUGCCCUUGGUACUGAAUACCAUCCUCGCAUUGAUACGCAAAGGGUAUAACGAACACCAUCUACACAGACAGACGUAACGUUACCUAGCUACUGAGCACCAUUCACAUGGUGAUGAAGUCUUGUUGCUCAAUAACUCAGUUUUAUGUGCAUUUUGGUGGGAAAAGAUCGGAAAACCGUGGGAUAGAAUUUUGUUCUUCAUUGACGAAGAGCUGAUUUAGUCAUGAAGCAUCGUGGAAAAGAGUCAAUACAUGCUAUUUUGAUUUUGAUUUUUACCCUAAAAUAAAGUGAGAAUGGGCAAGUUUGUUCGACCAAGGAGGUUUCAUCAACUUCCUUGGUUUGACACAGGAACUACGGGAAGUUUGAUACUAUACAUUACGCACCGUGAAUCUGGUUGGAGAUCAACAGGAAACCCGAUGUCACUCCUAACGGUUGAUUUUGUACUGCAGAUUUCGCACCCCUCCUGUUAGUGGUAGAUUCCAACAUGGCCGACUAUUCUUCAGCGACGGAUAGAAUAAACUACGUUUAUAGCUGUGAUUUGGACGUUAAUAUACAGCUAAAAAUAGGAACAUUGGAAGGGAAGCGAGAGAGGAAAAGUUACAAAGCUCUGGUGGAGGAUCCCAUGCUGAGAUACUCCGGGCAGUACCAGGAGACCUGCUCAGACCUGUACAUCACCUGCCAAGUCUUCGCCAAGGGAAAACCACUCGCUCUCCCUGUUCAAACCAGCUACAAACCAUUCAGUACCAGGUGGAACUGGAAUGAGUGGAUAACAUUGCCACUCAAGUACAGUGAUCUGUCCAGGAAUGCUCAGGUAGCCUUCACUGUGUGGGAAAUUUACGGACCAAGGAAAGCUUUAGCUGUAGGAGGCACCACUGUCCCCUUGUUUGGUAAACAUGGGAUGUUCCGACAAGGCAUGCACGACCUGCGGGUGUGGCCAGACCAGGAGUCUGAUGGUUCCGAACCCAGCAAGACACCAGGCAAGAUCAGUAACAAUGAUGACCAGAUGACAAGACUAGGCAAGCUGACCAAGAAGCACAGGAAAGGACACAUGGUGAAAGUCGACUGGCUGGACAGGCUUACAUUCAGGGAGAUAGAGAUGAUAAAUGAGAAAGAGAAGAGGGAGUCCAACUCCAUGUACUUGAUGGUGGAGUUUCCUCUGGUCCAUUCUGAUGGAGUAGAAUACUCUAUUGUCUUGUUUGAAAAGGGUGCUGAUGACACGUUGCAGGUCAGAACUCAAGCAGAAAUAGUGACCGUCCCAGACCCAGAAAUGCUGAUGGAGAACUUGGUGGAAAGUAAGCACCACAAACUGGCCCGCAGCGUGCGCAGUGGUCUGUCUGACAAGGAUCUCAAGCCCAAUGCUGCCACCAGAGACCAACUCAAUUUGAUACUAGGGUAUCCACCAACCAAGGCCAUGUCCUUAGAGGAACAGGAUCUUGUCUGGAAGUUCAGAUUCUAUCUGACCAAUCAGAAAAAGGCCCUGACAAAGUUCUUGAAGUGUGUGAACUGGACCCUGCCACAGGAAGCCAAGCAGGCUUUAGAGCUGCUGUAUAAAUGGCAGCCUAUUGAUGUGGAUGAUGCCCUGGAGCUGCUGUCUCCACAGUUCAGUAACCUGAUGGUCAGGAGAUACGCCGUCUCCAGGCUGCAGCAGGCUGAGGAUGAGGAUCUGCUGCUGUACCUUCUACAAUUGGUGCAAGCCCUGAAAUAUGAAGACUUCAAUGAAAUCAAGCGAGGACUAGACACUGACAAGACCAGACAGGACACAGUCUCGUCGACUGAUGGCUCAUAUGCUGACAGUAUGGUCAGUGGCACGGUGAAUGUGAUUUCCCAAGAUGGCUUCCAUCCUCUCCAAAGUGACGUUCCAACAACAAAACCUGAAGAAUCGAUUCCUGUCACACAUGAUGAGUGUGAUCUUGCAACAUUCCUGAUUCAGAGAGCCUGUAAAAAUGCCAUACUAGCCAACUACUUGUAUUGGUACUUGUUUGUGGAGUGUGAGGAUCAGGACAAUGUCAACAGAGACCAGAAGGUCACAGAGAUGUACAUCAAUGUCAUGAAGCGAUUCAGCCAGGCUCUCCUCAAGGGAGGAGGAGAGUGUAGAAAAAGACGUUCCUUACUGGCAGCCCAGCAGACUUUUGUGGACCGCCUGGUCAUGUUGAUAAAGGUGGUGCAGCGUGAGGGAGGAAACAGGAAGAAAAAGGUAGAGAAACUUCAAGCUCUUUUGGCUGACCCUGAGGUGAAUAAAAUCAACUUCACGACAUUCGACCCCAUCCCUAUGCCUCUGGACCCCGAAGUUCAGAUAAAGGGCAUUGUUGUGGAAAAGGCGACACUUUUCAAGAGUGCCCUUAUGCCAAGCAAGUUGACCUUUGUCACUACCCAGAGCAAGGAGUAUGUGGCCAUGUUUAAGUAUGGGGAUGACCUACGGCAGGAUCAGUUAAUCCUGCAGAUUAUCACCCUGAUGGAUAAGCUGUUGAGAAAGGAGAAUCUGGAUCUGAAGCUCAGUCCUUACAAGACCUUGGCUACAGCUAGCAAACACGGGUUUGUGCAGCUUGUUGAUGCCAUCCCUGUGGCAGAAAUCCUUGCCAGUGAAGGCACCAUUCUGAACUACCUUCGCAAACACAGUCCAAGUGAAAAAGGCCCCUAUGGGAUAAGUCAGGAGGUUAUGGACACAUACGUCAAGAGCUGUGCUGGCUACUGUGUGAUCACCUAUCUACUGGGUGUAGGAGACAGGCAUCUGGACAACCUGCUUAUGUCCAAGAGUGGAAAACUUCUCCAUGUGGAUUUUGGCUACAUCCUGGGUCGAGACCCCAAACCUCUGCCCCCUCCCAUGAAGCUGUGUAAAGAGAUGGUGGAGGCCAUGGGUGGACAGAGCAGUGACCAGUACCAGGAGUUCAGGAGGCUGUGUUACACUGCUUUCCUUCAUCUCAGAAGAUCUGCCAACUUGAUCCUGAACUUAUUCUCCCUAAUGGUGGAUGCUAAUGUCCCUGACAUUGCUCUGGAGCCAGACAAGACAGUCAAAAAAGUACAGGACAAGUUCAGGCUGGACCUGAACGAUGAAGAAGCCGUCCACUACAUGCAGACCCUGAUAGAUGAGAGUGUCGGAGCCCUGUUUGCUGUUGUGGUCGAACAGUUUCACAAGUUUGCACAGUACUGGAGAAAAUGAAGACAUGUCCUGAAUGCUGUGUUAUGGUGUCUUGGGUGUUUAAGAUUUACAUAUUUGUUAAUACUGUUGUUGCAGAAUACUGUAACAGUGAUCUAUAUAAUACAGUAAUACAAGUGGAUAUGCUAUCAUGGUUCCCUUAAAAGAAGUGAUGUAUGAAAAAACAAAGAUAAAGAUGCUAAUUCAGAUCUGUCCUUUCUGUAUGCAGAGUGCUACGUGUGCUUUUUUCUAAACAAUAUCCAAAAAACAUUGGAAGCUACCAGAACCCUGCUGGUCCUGGUGUAGUAUUGUUGAAAGAUCUUGGUUUCCUCUUAAAGAUCUUUAUUACUACAAAAUGUACUAUAGCCGGCAGAGGAGUUAUUGGCCAAUAUAUCCUCUGCCGGCUAAAGUCCUUCCCAUUUGCAAUCCUCUGCCGGCUAAACUCCUUCCCAUUUGCCACAGCAAGAUCUGCUUGGAGAUUACUAUAUGACAGGCAUAUAUAAUUUGAAACAAAGCUUUGGAUGUAUAUAACA